CGAAGGUGUGGCUAUUUUUAGUUUGCACGGGCGAUGAUAAAACAUUCUGGAAAAUGUUUGACAUCUAAAUUUGGUGGGGCUUUCGCAAUCAGUGACGUUUAUCUCAUUCGAGUAUAUUGUUUCAUUUCAAAUUAAUCUUACACCCAAGAACAACAGCAAAAUGUCUGAUGUUAUCAAGUCUGGAUACAUCAAGCGUUACAGCAAUAGUUUUAUGGAUGGCGGAUGGAAGAAGAUAUGGGUGGUUUUACACAGAGACAGCAAAUUGAUGAUAUACAAAAAACAGUCGGAUACCUCGUCAAAGAGCCAUGUUAUAAUGAAGGAUGUAUGUAAAUAUUUUGCGUUUGGUCAAUAUGCGGAGAAGUUCCCUGAGCGCCCAACCCUACCGAAGGAUGGGAAGAUGGACUGGGUGUUGGCGAUACCCCAGAAAGCCAGCUCACAGGCCAAGAUACACUGGUUUCUAUGUGAAUCGGACAAGGAUGUAAAUGAGUGGAUGCAAGCUAUUGUUUCUACACUUCCUGCAAUGCCUCAUAAAGCCGAGGCCCCACCCCCAGCAAGUGCCCCUCCCCCUGCCCCAGCCCCAUACACAGAGCAGAUUCAGGCUGUAAAGAGCAACACGGUGUCAGCCCCUCCCCCUCCCCCUCCAGGCUAUCCGGCUGCCCCACCCCCCUACAGUGCAGGACCACCAGUUGGGAAUCUCGGAUUUGACGCUAUGCAUAUCUCUGCACCUGCCCCAGGGGCAGCUCCGCCUCCCCCUGCCGGGGGCUACUAUCCCCAACAGUCCUACCCUGCUGCAGGGGGCUACCCACAGCAAGCCCCUCCCCCACAGUACCAGGCCCCAGCCCAGCAGUAUCAACAACCCUACCCCACACCACAGCAACAAUACCCACAGCAACAGUAUCCGCAGCAACAGUAUCCACAGCAACAGUACUACCCCCAACAACCUGCAGGGGCUAGUUACCCACGGCAACCAUACACCGCUCCACCUGCACAAGGCUACUACACCCCCCAGGGCCAGUACGUAGCCUACCCCCAGGGACAGCAGUACGCCGCCCGACCCCAGACACAGUAUGUCCAACAGCAACCCCAGGUGGUGUACGUCCAGCAGAAAAAGAACAAGGGAAUUCUGGGAGGAAGUGGAGCAUCAGCCGCUGCCGGUCUGGCUGGUGGAGCCCUGCUUGGGUAUGGAGCAGCCCGGAUGAUGAGUGGGCCUUGUUAUGGCUACGGUGGGUAUGGUGGCUUCGGGAUGGGUCGCUGGGGCAGCUGGAGCUCCCUCAGCAGCUGCGGAAGUUUUGGCAGCUUCAGCAGCUUCGGCAGCUGGGAUUGAGCAUCAACGUGUAUGUAAUGGAUGUGUGUGUACGCUACAUGCAGUGAAGUGUUUGGGAAGACCUUGAUACCUGUCAGUAAUAUUAGAAGUAGGGCUGUAAUCAUUCACAUGAUACUAUCUGUCAUGAUCAAGUACUGUGUCCUGAGACCAAGUAUCGAUACUCUGUACUGUAUGUGUCUGUAGCAGGUACAGGAUUUUAUGAGGAGAAUGGUCUUGUACACAAGACCGAAAGGUCGAGGAGUGUACACAAACUUUCUGUUUGUAUAAUCCUGUACAUUCUGCUACUGACAAAUUUUAAUUCAAUGUUCAAAAUGUACAAAGACUAAUGUUCGUAGGAAUAUGUUUGUGUGACAUUUAGAUCUACCUUUGCCCUUCCUUGGACUCACUCAAAGUGUAAACUGGGUCAGCUGUGACUUGACAAGUGAGUGACAUCAAAUCACACAUUACGAUGUCACACCUGGACGGUCGAUGUGUAUGUGUGUUUUUACAAGACCGUGACUGGUCAAUCAGGGAGUCCGAUUUUGUUCAUCUUCCCGAGGCAAGUGAGUUAACUGACUAUAAAAGUCCAGUUUCCACCCUUGCCGAACUAGGCUGGUAUUAUGGAGUUACAUUUUGGCUGGGCUAACGAGUCUAUGCAUAGUCCAA